CGGUUGUUAUUAAUUCAAUCUUCUUCUUCCUCUCUGCUCCAAAAACUCUACCACAAUAUGCACAACGACGCCGGAGAAGAAGAAGCUGAAGAAUCUAAAACAACUUAAACGACAUCGUUUUGUUAGUUUCUCGGUUCAUUAUUAGCUCCCGCUAAUACACGCUUCCGGUUUAAACCGGAGACUUUGUGUAAAUAUGGAGGUACCGGUGCUAGCUCGGUGUACGAAUACUCCGACGACGUCGUUUAUGGGAUGUAAAGUGAGUCAAUUUGAUUUUCCGAUUAGGAGAAAGCUAAAUAAGAGGAAUUAUAAGGCGAAGUUUUCAGUGUUAAGAGUUAAAGCUAUGGCGGAGAGGUCGAGUAGUGGUGAGGCAUCAGUGGAUGCUAGAGAGAGAGAAAGUGGAGGUUACACGGGAACUACUAUGGAGGUAACAACAUUUAAUCAGAGCUUUAGUGAUACGCAAUUGCCUGUUUGGGAGAAGAUUGGUGCUGUCGUCAGACUCAGUUAUGGAAUCGGCAUAUACGGAGCAAUGGCUUUAGCAGGAAAGUUUAUAUGCUCAAUGACAGGAAUUGACUGCACAGGAGGGUUCAGUCCAUCAUUAGAUGCCAUUGUUGAAGGACUAGGAUAUGCAGCUCCCCCGAUUAUGGCUCUUCUAUUUAUACUAGAUGAUGAAGUUGUGAAGCUAUCACCUCAUGCUCGAGCUAUUAGGGAUGUUGAGGAUGAAGAGCUGCGGAAUUUCUUUUAUGGAAUGUCACCUUGGCAGUUCAUUCUGAUUGUGGCUGCUAGCUCUGUUGGAGAGGAACUUUUCUACCGUGCUGCUGUCCAGGGAGCUUUAGCUGACAUUUUCUUAAGGGGCAGUGAUUUUGUGACUGAUGCUAGAGGAAUGGCGUCAUUGACUGGUGUUUUGCCACCUUAUGUCCCGUUUGCUCAAGCAUUUGCAGCUGUAAUUACAGCAGCUCUCACUGGUUCUUUAUAUUAUAUGGCAGCCUCUCCAAAAGAUCCUACCUAUGUUGUUGCACCCGUGUUGAAGUCGCAUUCAGGCCGUGAAGAUCUAAAAAAACUCUUUGCAGCUUGGUACGAGAGGCGACAGAUGAAGAAGAUAUACUCUCCGUUACUAGAAGCCAUGUUAGCGCUUUACCUUGGGUUUGAAUGGAUACAGACAAACAAUAUUCUUGCACCUAUAAUCACACAUGGGAUAUACUCUGCUGUUAUUCUGGGACAUGGACUUUGGAAAAUCCACGAUCAUCGGAGAAGACUACAUCAGAGAAUCCAAACACUUAAACAAGAAGGUAAUAAUUCAAGAAACUUGUAAAGUGCCUACAAUAGUGAGAAUCGAAUAAUUAGCUUGCUUGCAGGAACCUUUUGAACUGUAAUUUGGAGAGGUCGUAGUAUUGUAUAAAUCUACGUAGCAUAUACGAAUAAUAUAGGUGUAUGGCUCAAGUCAGUUGUAUACACUAGGCUAGCAAAUAUACACUAAUACACACAUCCACGUUAUAUUGUACCUCAUGUAAAUUCUGACCUUAUAUAUGAGAAAGUCACUUCUUUCUUGGCUUCAGUAA